GUGUGUGUGUGUGUGUGUGUGUGUGUUGUGGAUUUAAUUUCAGAAGGGACUAAAGAAGGCAACCGUAAAUACCUAAACCCAUGGGCCUGAAACAUUCCCACCCCCAGUUGUUCCCGGGGGACAUCGUGGAGUAUCCCAGGAACAAAUACUUCUCUCAUUUCGCGGUGUACUACGGAGAGAGAGACGGAGUUCCCUACGUUGCUCACCUGACAUGUCGAGAUUCAGACUCCAAGCUGCCGCUCUUUGGCCGAGCUCUGAGGUCGGAGGUCAAACUGGAUCCAGUGGAGCUGCUGGGGAAGAAAUACAAGGUCAACAACAUGUUGGACGACUCCUUCCCGGCCAGAGACUUCCACAACGUGGUGAAGCCGGCCAUCGACGACCUGAUGGGGCGCGAGGUGACCUUUGACAUCCUGUUUCACAACAGCGAGCACCAGGCGACGCUCUUCAGAUACGGAGUCAAGAAGUCUGAACAGAUAGAGAGGAUUUAUGAACACAUCAUGCCCGCCUGGAAGAAGCUGUUUGCUGAGAAAAAACUGUGAAAACAGUUUCACGUUCAGCUCUCAUCUCGGCCCCCGGAGGGCCACGUUGGUCCUUGAUUUCAAGAAGAAGGUUAUGUGGAAAAGAAACAUUUAAAAAUAAGAUAUCAUGAUUUAACUCGUAGUAUUAAGAGAAAAAAGUUGUUUUGGAUUGGGUAGAUUAGCCGUCAGUGCACAUUGACUUAAUAUUUUUGUUGGUUAAUUGUUCAAUUUAUUUUAGAGGAAAAAAAUAGAAUUAAUUAAAAACAAAUAUGGGAUUUUAAUUAUGAAGUUCCAAUAUUUUGAGAAAGAAAUUGGAAAUUUAAAAGUCUUUUUGAGAAUUACAUGAAAUAUUUGUAAAUUUGUAAUAUUUAAUAUUAAAUUUACAAGAACAGACAUCCUGUUUUUAGGAUAAAGUUAUAAUUUUCCUAAGAUAAUAUGUCAUAUUGAUAUUAUGGCUUCUUCUUGUUUUUCUCAAAAUAUUGAGACUUUAUUCCCAAAAUGAUUGGAAGAAAUAUCCAAAUCUCUCUUUUUUUAGGAUUUGCAUAUAUGCGGCGGCCUCCUUAAUCUAAAUGUUUAAAUGCUACAAAUAACUAAAUAAUAAGCUUGUACAGAAGCAUGAAGUCCUCUUGGUUCUACAGUUUCUUUUAUUUCAUUUCAUUCUCACUGUUUUCCUAUUGUUAUUUUAUUGUUUUGUUCUUGCUUUUUCUUUUCGUAACGUUCACUUCUCUCACAUUUACAGACCAACCAAACAUCUUUAACAUUAAAUGUAAUGCUGUAUUUUGACAUGUGUUUGAUUUACAGUUAUUACAAUCAUGUUAGAGAGUAUUCAUCUUUUAUAACCUACUGGUUUAUAUUUGAAGUAUUUCAGUAACAAAGUUCAAAGGUCUUUAUGAAAGUUGUGUUUGGAAAUAAUCUGAUUUAUGGCACAUUUAGAAGUCUGUAUCUGUUGAGAAUGAAACGUUUAAAGAGAUAAAAACUGAGUUUGAACUUAAA